AUGUUGAAGAAACAACACAAUACAUCCAAAUCGACGUCUUUAUUCCAAGUUAGGUUGAAAAACCUUGAACAUGACGUGCUCGUGUUAAAGGGAAGUGCACACGAAGCUGCAUCAGCAUUGUUGUCGGGAAAUAUCGCAUUAUCGGUCAAUGAACCAAUACAUGUUAAGAAAGUUACCCUUCGGCUCUAUGCAAAUUUAAAAUUACGUGCUGAUUUAACAUCAGCUUCAUCUGCAGCUGCUGGAACAAGUCGGAAAAUGUUGAAUUUCUCCAAGAAAGUUUAUGAAUAUGACUGGGAUUCAAAUGAAUUCAAUCAGUAUUUUGAUCACAUGUAUGAAAACAGUUCAAGUUCAGUGCCACAUUUGUCAAAAAAUAAUUCCUCCACGUCGCUCAAAGGAUUGAGGUCAAGAAGUGGAUUGAAUUUGUCACAAUUAUCACAAUCAAGUCAUAGUUUGUUGUCUAGCCAAAGCAGCAGUUCAACAAAUGUGCCAAGAACCACAGUUUCAGGGGGUGCUGGUAAUCAUGUGUUGGUGCAAGGCAAUUAUGAAAUCCCAUUCAGUGCAAUUUUACCAGGAGAUAUGCCCGAAUCAAUUGAGGGAUUGCCAGGAUGUUCAUCGGUCUACAAAUUGGAAGCAACCAUUGAUCGAGGCAAAUUCCAUAGCACAUUGGUGACAAAGAAACAUCUUCGUGUUGUUAGAACAUUGACUACCGAUGCUGUUGAAUUGUCAGAAACCAUCGCUGUGGAUAACACCUGGCCUAAGAAAGUUGAGUAUUCUCUAAGUUGUCCUACGCGGGCCUUGGCUAUUGGAAGUGGAACGCCAAUUAGUAUGAUGCUUGUUCCUUUACUUAAAGGUUUGACUUUGGGAGAAAUCAAAAUCCAAUUGGUUGAGUUUUAUUCAUAUGUUGGCAAUGUGCCCCCCAUGCAUCAAGCCGAAAGGGUCAUUGCGUCUAAAAAGAUUCCCAAACCCGAUCCCGAUAGCUUCAAUAUGGACAAAUGGGAAAUCGAAACAUUUUUGAGGAUUCCAGCCAGUUUAUCAAAGUGUUGCCAAGAUGUCGAUUUGCAACUGCAUGUAAAAGUGAGGCACAAAUUGAAAUUUGGUAUUGGUUUGGUCAAUCCUGAUAAUCAUGUAUCCGAGUUGAGAGCGUCAUUGCCGGUACAAUUGUUUAUUUCUCCAUUUGUCACUGUUAGUUCUAAACACGAUGUUGAUUCGGUUCCAAAUGAAAACAACGAGGAGGAUAUUUUAUUCACUAGUGAUUCAUAUGAUCAAUUGAGUGGACUAGAUAAUCGAGCCAAUAGCAGUGCGGCAAAUUCAGCUAGUAAUUCACAUACCUCGCUUACAGGAUUGGUGGCACCACCGGUGUAUGAUCAACACAUUUACGAUCGAUUAUGGUCAGACGUUUCUCCUAUAGAAACGCCAUUGACUUCAGGAGCCUCAACUCCAAGAAGUAGAGGAGGUGGGUAUUAUGGAGGUGAUGUGGGCCAGUUUUCCAUGUCGCCCUUGGAUUCAAAUGCAUUGAGUGAGAAUUUGAGGCAAUUGAGCUUACAGAGACAAGCUCAAGAAGCUGAAGCCCAUUCACAAAGCUCUAGAAACGGUCGAGCAACUUUCAAUUUAGACGAUGAAGACUCGCAACAACAUUCAACUCCUCAUUCAUUGCCAGGUAAUGAUUACUUCACUCGUGGGUCGGGUUCCCUCCCAAGGAAUCGUAGUUUUUUGCAAGACCAUAUAAUGACACCGCCGGUACAUUUAUCGCGAGUUAACUCAGAUGCCAGUGUACUUAAUAAUAGUGAUAUGUCCCGUGUUCCUUCCUAUAGUCAAGCAAUGAAGAGUGCUGCUUCGGGUGAUGAUGACGUUUCUCCAGCAUACGAGCCACCGUCUCCUGAUUCACACUUUAACUUGAAUGAGGUGAAUCGAAACUUGUUGCAAAAUAAUCAAUCAUCAUUACUUCGUCCAAGUUUACCACAACGAGGGCCCAGUACUCCCAAAGCUGGUGCUCGUUCACCAUCAAACAACACUUCCCCAUCUGUUUCACGUAACGUAUCAUCAACAAGUUUAUCAAACUUGAUCCCAUCGCGCAAAUCAUCGAAUAAUCUAGCAUCUUCAAUGGGAGGCAAUGGGUCACAUUCAUUGAGACCAGCAGGAGGUAAUAACGGUGUUGGAUCGUCAAGCAAUUCGUUGUCAACGAGUCCUGUGAAUAUCAGAGCAUCGAGUCCUAACAAUGCAAGUGAAGCAUCGAAUGUGAGUAAGCUAUCACGUAGUGCUUCCGAUAGACAAGCCGGUGCUCCAAUGAGGACCUCCUCUAGAAACCGGCCACCGUCUCAUUUCAGCUCGGGCGAAAUUCCACAAACGUACAAUAUCAACAGCACCACCACUGGACACUCGUCCCCACCACCAACACCAACAACAACAGCAACAUCACCCCCAUCGUCUACUUUACAACAACCCUCAACUUCCAACAAUCAUGAAGGCUCAAUUCGUGAAGUGACUGGGCUAUUAGCUAUGUUUGCCCUUGCGUAUCUCGCCAUCGACAAUUACACCGAACGAAUCAAGAUUGAAAAGCUUCAUCAUGACACAACGGCAAUAAACUUAAAGGCUCUACAAGUACAGCAAUUAAACCAUGCACAAGAAAGAAAGAAACGAGAUUUGGUUAUGUUGCAAGAACGAAGAGAAGUGGCUAAACGAGAUUUCAAAAUGGGGUUACACAUUGCCAUGUUGAGGAAACAAUUACUUGAUGCUGGGAUGAAACCCGUGGAUUUAGACGAUUCAAUUAAAGAAUUUGAAAAGAGUGUCAAAGCCGACAAUUCAAUAAAGAAUGUCACGGGCCAGUAUUUAUGGCUCGAUGAUAAAUCAGAAUUUAAACCGUACUUGCCUGACACUAUGGAAUAUGACAAGAAUCGUAAAAGUAAAUAG